CUAAGUCUUGUAACUAGACUGCAAUUAUUUUCACAUUUCGUGCUCAGAAUAGUUAAUAAUAAGCCUUAAGUGUGGAAACUGGGCUAGUCGAAGUGUGGAGGGCAAGGCUGCUCCAGGAGUAGGAUGGAGAAAACAGUGGGGUUGCGUCCAAAACCGAACCGCAUACUGAACAAUAUGUCAAAGCAGUGCACUAUCAUGACUGGCACGUUCUAGUUCAGUAUGUGGUUUUGGACGCAGCCUGGCACUGUUUCUGUAUGAGAGAACGACACCUCGUGGAUGAUUUACACACUGCACACAUAUGUGCUUUGUUUUUUUGGGCGGGUAAGCUACGAGUUAUCACAGACCAUAGGCCAGCACUGAAGGAGGUAUCCGGUGGCCGUUCUGGCAUGCGUGCGAGCCGUUGUUGCUACACAGUGAGUGUCACUCCUGAACCCCCUCUAGCGGAUGAGUACGUGCGGUAAACUAGAGUGAACCAGGAACAUUCCGCACUCAGUGGGGACGUAGCGGGGACCGAGAGGUGUCUGGAACAGCCUCGCUCUCACUUUCGAGGACUUUCUAGCCUUUCUCUGAUCAUACUAUAGGACCAUGGCUGCAGCGUUAGCUUCACCUCUGGCUCCCAUUAGAAAAGGCAGAGUGUUUUUUUCUUUAAACUCCUACUUCCACAGCAGCAGUGGACUGGCCUCCAAAGAGCACUACAAGAUCGUUGUGCUUGGGGGUGGAAGUGGCGGCAUUACGAUGGGCGCUCGCAUGAAAAGGAAAGUCGGUGCAAAGAAUGUGGCCAUCGUGGAACCCAGUGAGAUGCAUUAUUACCAGCCCAUUUGGACAUUGGUUGGGGCAGGGGCUAAAAGCAUUAGCUCAUCUGGACGUCCCACUGCCAGCGUGAUGCCUUCUGGAGUGAAAUGGGUCAAGUCCAGGGUCACGAAGAUUGACCCUAAGAACAACACUGUCUCCACAGACUCUGGGAAAGAACUUUCCUAUGACUAUCUGAUCGUAGCUCUUGGCCUCCAGCUUCACUACGAGAAGAUCAAAGGCCUACCAGAAGGGUUUCAGCAUCCUAAGAUUGGCUCAAACUACUCACUACAAACGGUUGAGAAGACGUGGAAUGCAUUACGUAACUUCAAGGAGGGAAAUGCUAUUUUUUCUUUUCCCAACACUCCAGUGAAAUGUGCAGGGGCUCCACAGAAGAUCAUGUACCUUUCUGAAGCCUACUUGAGAAAGACAGGAAAGAGGUCCAAAGCCAACAUUAUCUACAACACAUCAUUGCCAGUGCUGUUUGGAGUUAAGAAAUAUGCUGAUGCCUUAUGGGAAAUUGCGAAAAGUCGGGACUUGAAUGUAAACCUCAGACACGACCUCAUUGAAGUCAGACCAGACAAACGGGAAGCUGUAUUCGAGAACCUUGACAAUCCUGGAGAGACUAAGGUUUUUGAGUACGAGAUGCUCCAUGUUACCCCUCCUAUGGGUCCACCUUCAGUGCUGAAAGGCUCCUCGCUGGAGGAUGCGGCCGGCUGGCUUGAUGUAAAUAAGGAUACCCUUCAGCACAAGACGUAUGACAAUGUUUUUGGAAUUGGAGACUGCACCAAUGUACCAACAUCCAAAACUGCAGCUGCUGUGGCUGCACAGUCUGCUGUACUUGACAGGACCGUUACCAAAGUGAUGAAGAAAGACAAGCCUGAUAAAAAGUACGAUGGCUACACCUCCUGUCCUUUGGUGACAAGCUACAACACAGUUAUCUUGGCAGAGUUUGAUUAUAGUGGACAGCCGUUGGAGACCUUCCCUGUGGAUCAAGGCAAAGAAAGCAGAAUAAUGUAUCACAUGAAAGCCAACUUGAUGCCCCACCUGUACUGGUAUGGUCUUCUCAAGGGUCUUUGGGGAGGCCCAGGUCCAUACAGAAAACUCAUGCAUCUUGGGAUGAAAUAGAAUCUGCUAGAAAGCAAAGGCUUUCAAAAGGAAUCAGCAUCUCUAAUAUGAGUUGAACGCACAUUCUACUCAACUUUGUAACAUUGUUGGUGCUUUUGUGUGAGGAUUGGAGGUCCAUUAUUAUGAUUAUUUAAAUGUAAAGGUUGGUUAUUUUUUUCUGAAAUGCAGAUGUAGUGAGCAUGUGUAGCUUAGUACCAAUAAGUUGGAAUAGAACCCCUUACUUACAACAAAUUGCAUUAAUAAUAAGCAAAUUAUUGCAGUUGUAAAAUCAGCUUUGAGCUAACUUUCCAAAACAAGCAUUUAAAUUUUAGAAACUGAAUGCUAUAAAUGUUAGAUGAAAAAUAUUAUAACUGAUUUUUAGACGUACCAGUUUGUAAUAUUGUGCAUCUUGUUCUAUAUGCGGAAUCAAAAUAAUCUUCAGCAACGUUUCCAAGGUAAUGAGUAGUUUUUACAUUUUUACAACAUAAGCACUUCAUUUAUUUUUACCACUCAGAGCAUACCAUUUUGCACUCCUAUGUAAAGUCGAGGAUUUAUGGCUGUUCUAAAACUUACCUUUGGCCUGUAAUGAACUGGAAAAGUGCAGAUCGUGUUCAGUUGUAAGUGCCAAACAGGGUACAUUUAAUGGACCACCAGUUCCUAUUCUCAUUAUUGAGGCGACAACCAGGGAAGUAUCUCCAAGACAUGCUUCCUCAAAUGAACUGAUAUUAUGGCUCCCAUAGGGACCAAUUCAUUUUAAGUCGUCAUCGUGAAUGAUUAAAUAAAAGUACUUGUCAAACA